UUGGUUAGCAUUUGUCUCAACUGAACAUCAUGAGUACAUAAUGCGCAUUACAUUCUGACGUUUGUGUUUUGACAUUAAAAGUGGUUUAGAUAAAUUUAAUAUAGAUUUAAUUAGAUAAAUAAUAAAAUACCAAUCCAAGAUGCAUAAGGUUUUUUCGAAAAAAGUGAUAAGUCAUGAUAAGUGUGCACAGUGCGGCAAAAUAUACGCCAACAAAAAAAGCCUCGAAGAGCAUAUCGAACGCAUGCACAAAUCAGUAAAAUGUACCGAAUGCACUCUGCAUUUCAAAAAUGCAGAAACUUUCAGAAAGCACUACAACAACACACAUGCAAAUGCGCCCGUGAAAGUAGCAGUAGUAGCAGUAGAAAAUAGCAGUAGCUCCUUUGCAACACAAGUGAAGCAUGUGUGUACUGAUCCAACAAUAAAAACCCAUGACCCAUCCGUAACCGUAAAGAUCCAGUUGUGCCCAAAUCCAAACGAGGACAACGACCGCAAAAAGAAUGCCACUGAAAAUGUUCAACAUGGCAUUAACCACUUGCGUGAAAUAUUAAAAUUGCGAGAAGGUUUGAAAGCAAAGGAUAUUUCCAUCAAGGAAAUAAAUGAAAAGCAUUUGUCGGAAGAAAAAAAGUUCUCAGAAACUUUGAAAGUUCAAACGGUGCUUCUUGCAAAAAGCAAUGAGGAAAAAGCCACUUUAGAGAAGAGGGCGAACGACUUGAGCAAUCAGCUCAAAGUGAAAUCUGGUAAAUUGGUGAAAGUUGAGCAAGAUGCGUCAUUGUUUGGUCGCCGCUUCCAAGAGGAAAGAGAUAAACGAAUACACGUUGAGAAGCAGCUCAACGAAAACACAAACUACUUUACACAUCAGCUGGAAGCAAAAGACAAUUACAUAAAUACGCUGAAAAGCAAAAUAAAACAUUUGGAGCGAAUCGCCUAUAAAAAAAUGAAUGCAAAACAAAACAAUUUACCAGGCCGCAGAUUCAUCGGCCGACUCGGAUAGGAAUCAAUUUCUCCUUUCUAUUCUUAUUUUAAAAUGUCUUCAAUUACUAAAUUGUAUUAUAGACAAAUGAAAUGUAUACUAUACAUUGUAUAUUGAAUUAAAAAAUGUUGUACCAAAUACAACAAAUAA